UUGUUGCCGGUUUUUAUGAUAUUAAAUUGGAUUUUCUUACAUAAUUUUAACAUGAUUAGGUAAUGCGUAAAAUAUGUGAAGUUAGUGAAAUAAGUUAGGUUAUAUUACAUGCUACCAAGAUAUUCAGAAACGAUUAGCUCGAUUACAGAGGCAUUGAACAGGCAUUAUGUUUAACAUUUUAGGCGUUUUUAGCGGAAUUUAUUGAUUUCGGGCGCAUGUGCUUCGUAAAUAGAUUACAACAGGACUAGAAUAUUCAGUGAUUGUGGUUGUCAACAGCACAUUGGUUAAACAAAAGAGUAAUGGCUGGUGCAGUGUCAGUGAAGCCAUUUACAGUUUUUGUAGAAGGCAAUAUUGGUAGUGGAAAAACUACUUUCUUGAACCAUUUUGCAAGGCCUGACGUUGACUUGUUAUCUGAACCUGUAGAUAUGUGGAGAAAUGUCGAAGGCCACAAUUUACUUGGUUUAAUGUAUGAAAAUCCAUCACGCUGGGGAUUGACAUUCCAAACAUAUGUUCAGUUAACAAUGUUGGAUCUGCAUACACGCACAUCAACCCAUCCUGUGAAGAUGAUGGAACGGUCAAUAUACAGUGCUAGGUAUUGUUUCGUAGAGAAUUUGGCUAGAGAAGAAUUGAUGCCUGCUGCAGACUAUGUUGUUUUGGAUGAGUGGUUUAAGUGGAUCACAUCUCACUUUCAUAUUGGUGGAGAUCUUAUAGUUUACUUGCGCACUUGUCCUGAAGUGGUAUUUGAACGUAUGAAAGCACGUGCACGAGAAGAAGAGAGCUGUGUACCACUCGAAUACUUGAGAAAACUCCAUAAACUACACGAGGACUGGCUUUUAAAUCAGACAAAGUUCUGUUGUCCGGCUCCAGUGAUGGUACUGGAUGCUAACCGUGACCUUAGUGAAAUGGAAGAGGAAUUCCGCAAAUGUGAACCAAUCUUUUCAGCAGCACUGCAAAAAACGUGAAUAUACAAUAGCUUUUUCUGUCAUCUUUACUGGUGGACAUUCCAUUUAAAAAUAUAGAUGGCUGGCAUAUGCAUACCUUCACUUUCAAGGUGAAGGUGAUACAUUCCUACAAAACUAUGUGGGAUCACAAUCCAGAAGAACACAACUAACACAUAUUAUUUAAUUUCACAUCAAAUUCAUUCAAUGCAGGCAUGAUUUGGCCAUCCUUACUGUUCAUGCUGUAGUUUAAAGCAGUGGUAUUCAACCUGGGGUACGAGAAGACAUCUUA